UUUUUAUUCUAUUGAAACAUCAUGUCUUUGAAAUUGAGUUUAAUUUUUGUCUUCGGACUUCUUGCUGUUUCAAUCAACGCCAAUGUCACUCCAGCAGCCACUAUUCUUCAACAAGCGUUGGCUGAAGCCUACCCAGAUUUUCCUUUGGCUUUGAAAGCCUCCGGAGAAAUAUACAAAGCGAUGGCGAUAGAUGCGUUGAAAGGAGAAGAGGAAAAUGCCAUAGUACCGAUAUGGAAAACAAUCAUCAAGACAUUGACCGAUCCUAAAGGAGCUGAGACUUUCAAGUUGGUCGUAAACAAGAUUAAAAAAAUCAUCGAGGAUGAUAAUGCUCAACAAACCUUGAUCAAUAUCUUUGCAACAUUGUAUACCUGUUUCACAUAUGACGUUGGUGAAAGUGGAAUUCAAUUCCCAUGGAAAGAAUUGAGAAAAAUGAUUAACGGUAAUGGUAAAUCAGUUUUCCCACUGAUGUAUGGUAGAUUUUGGCAAUUAGCUCAAGAUGCGAACACGGGUCCAAAAUUAGCCUUAAUUCUGAAUUCUGGUGAAAACACGUUUGAAAACGUAGAGCAAAAAGUUUUGUAUGGGCAGACUGGAAAAUUAGCAUCGGGAUAUCGAAUGCCUGCCUCUGAAAACGUACCGCUAAAAGACUACUAUGGGCAGACUGACAGAUUAGGAUCGGGAUAUCAGAUGGUUGCCGCUGCUGCCAGAGAUGUUGACGGGUUUGCCGAUGGUAAUUUGAUGCGUUUUGAGGAUACUCAGAAUUAUCAAAAUCAAUAAUAAUCUAGACUAGGUUUGGUUUUUUAAUAAGAAAUGUCUUCUGAUUAUAAAUACAUAAAACUAAAUAAAAUAAAAGCUAUAAAGGAAA